AUGGCGGAAUCAAGCAGCAGCAGCAGCCAGGAGAUCUCGAACCCGCGCGGCAUCCCCACCGCCCCCUUCGUCGAAGACGUCGAGGCCUUCGUCGACUCCCGCGCCGACAUCGAGCCGAACCUGAAGAAGUUCCAGGAGAUGAUCGCGUUUGUUUUCUCCCUCCCUUCAUUCGGCCUCCUCCUCCUCGUCUACCCACGGCUGACGGUUGGUGGUGGUGGUGGUCGCCGCGCCGCGGGGCUGAAGGAUAAGAUCCCGGAUAUCCAGAAGACGCUGGACACGGUCACGUUUCUGGAGUCGCGGAGCGAUUCGAGUAAGGAGAUUGAUGCGACGUUCGAGCUGAACGAUACCCUGUAUGCGAAAGCGAAGAUCAACCCGACGGAUGAGGUUUAUCUGUGGCUUGGUGCAAACGUGAUGCUGUCGUACCCCGUCGAUGAGGCCAAGAAGCUCCUAACGGGGAAGCUGACGGCCGCGAAGGAGAGCUUGGGGAACUGUGAGGAGGACCUGGACUUUUUGAGGCAGCAGAUCACGACGCUGGAGGUGAACACGGCAAGGUUGUAUAACUACGAGGUCACCCUCAAGAGGAAGGAGAAGGAGGAGGCAGGGGAGGCGGCUGGGGAGGAUAAAUAG